AUGGAGCAGCAGUCGAACAGGUCCCAUAGGCCUGCGAAGGAGAAGAAGAAAUACGAAGGCAACAAUCCCAAGGCCUUCGCCUUCUCCAAAACUGGAAAACUCAACAGACAGGCUGCGCGGUCGCACGAUGUCAAGGAAAAGAGACUUCAUGUGCCUCAGGUGGAUCGAAUGCCUGAGGAGGCUCCUCCCACGGUCGUCGCAGUUGUUGGCCCCCCGGGUGUCGGCAAGACCACCCUCAUCAAGUCGUUGAUUCGCCGCUACACCAAGCAGACUCUCAGCUCGCCUCAAGGUCCGCUGACUAUUGUUACCUCGAAGAAGCAGCGCCUCACCUUCAUGGAGUGUCCGUCCGACUCCCUCGCGGCCAUGAUCGAUGUGUCCAAGAUUGCCGAUGUCGUCCUCCUUAUGAUUGACGGAAACUACGGAUUCGAGAUGGAGACUAUGGAGUUUUUGAAUGCUCUGUCUACAAGCGGUAUGCCGGGUAAUGUUUUCGGUAUCCUUACCCACUUGGAUCUUUUCAAGAAGCAAAGCACCUUGAAGAUGACCAAGAAGCGCCUCAAGCACCGCUUCUGGAGCGAGCUCUACCAGGGUGCUAAGCUCUUCUACCUCUCUGGUGUGAUCAACGGCCGAUACCCCGAUCGCGAAGUCCACAACCUGUCUCGAUUCUUGUCUGUCAUGAAGACCCCCCGCCCUCUCGUGUGGCGUAACUCUCACCCGUAUGCUCUGGCGGAUCGUUUCCUGGAUGUAACUCCUCCCACCAAGAUCGAAGAGAACACCAAGUGCGACCGUACUAUUGCGCUUUAUGGAUAUCUUCGAGGAACCAAUUUCCCAGCUCAGGGUGCACGAGUACAUGUUCCCGGUGUGGGCGAUUUGACAGUAUCCGGAAUUGAAGGACUGCCUGACCCGUGCCCGACUCCUUUUGCCGAUCAGCAGAUGGCCAAGGCGACUGGCAAGAGCAACAGGCGCAAGCUUGGCGAGAAGCAGAAACUGCUGUUUGCUCCUAUGUCCGAUGUUGGUGGUGUUCUGGUCGACAAGGACGCUGUCUAUAUUGACAUCAAGACCAACACCUUUAACAGAGGUUCGGACGAUGAGUCCGAGGACGAGGAUCGUCGGGGUCUUGGUGAGCAGCUUGUGGUCGGUCUUCAGGGCGAACGUCGAUUGCUUGGCGAGGCUGACCAGGGUGUGCGUCUUUUCCGUGGCGGUGAGGCGAUUGACCAGGCGGACGAGGACGACGAGACUGGUCGCAAACACCGGAGACAUGCUCGGAUUGCUGACGCCGAGCGCAUCCAAGCCGUCGAGGAUGACGAGGAAGAGGAUGAUGAAGAUGAAGAACUUGACGGCGAAGAGGACGAGAACGAGCUGAGCGGCGAUGAAGACAAUGUUUCAGCGCCCGCAGACUUCGAAAAAAGCUUCAAAGAACGCCAGAAUGGCAAUUCUCGUCAGGAAGAGGGAGACUUUGCCUUCGCGGACAGUGAUUCCGACCUCGGCUCUAUCUCCUCAGUUUCAGACCAGGAGCUUGAAAGCGGAGAGGAAGAGGAAGAGGAAGAGGAAGAGGAAGAGGAAGAGGAAGAGGAAGAGGAAGAGGAAGAGGAAGAGGAAGAGGAAGAGGAAGAGGAAGAGGAAGAGGAAGAGGAAGAGGAAGAGGAAGAGGAAGACGAAGACGACGACGAGGAAGAUGAGGAUGAAGAUGAAGAAGGAAAUGUCAGAUGGAAGGACAACAUGCUGGCUAACGCUAAGGCUCUCCAUGGAAAGCGCCCACCCUUCCGCGUCAAUGACCUCUCACGAAUGCUGUACGAUGAGUCUAUCACUCCCGUCGACGUCGUCCAAAUGUGGCGUGGCGAGGAUGAUGAGGUUGAUGAGGAGCAGGGCGAGGAGGAAGGUGACGACUUCUUUAAGAAGACCAACACCGAAAAGGAGGAUCAAGCCGACUUCCGCGCCGUUCCCGAAUAUGACUACGACGAGUUGGAGCGAAAGUGGCGCGACGAGGAAUUGAUCGAAUCCUUGAAACGUCGUUUCGCUAGCGCUAGGCUUUCGGGCGAUGGCUCUGAUGACGACCUUGAGGAAGGCGAUCUGGACGACCUUGAUUCCGAUGACGAGGGCGAUGGAGCAUUCGAGGACCUUGAGAACGGAGAAACUUUUGAUGGAUUCGAUGCCGAGGGAGAGGAUGAAGAUGAGGACGAUGACGAGAAAGACGCAGAGCCAGAAGCCCCUGUGGAUUUGGACGCUGAACGUGAGCGCAAUGCCAAGAGGAAGGAAGAGUUGAAGCUUCGGUUCGAAGAAGAAGAUCGUGAAGGUUUCGGCAAUGCGAAGGACGGAGCCCGAGACAAUCUCGAAGGGGAGUUCGGCGAGGAUGACUGGUACGAUCUGCAGAAGGCCAAGAUGCAAAAGCAGACUGAUAUCAAUCGCGCCGAGUUCGACACUCUGGACCCAUCUUCCCGUGCCCGCGCCGAAGGCUUCAAGGCCGGCACCUACGCCCGUAUUGUCCUCGAAAACGUGCCCUACGAGUUUGCGUCCAAGUUUAAUCCUCGCUUCCCCCUUAUCGUCGGAGGCCUGGCCCCUACUGAGGACCGCUUCGGAUACGUGCAGGUUCGUAUCAAGCGUCACCGUUGGCACAAGAAGAUCUUGAAGAGCAAUGACCCGUUGAUCUUCUCCCUUGGCUGGCGUCGCUUCCAAUCGAUUCCCAUGUACAGCACUUCCGACAGUCGUACUCGAAACCGCAUGCUCAAAUAUACUCCCGAGCACAUGCAUUGUUUCGCUGUUUUCUACGGUCCACUUGUGGCGCCCAACACUGGUUUCUGCUGUGUCCAGUCGUUCUCCAACAAGAACCCCGGGUUCCGCAUUGCUGCAACCGGUGUUGUUCUUAACGUUGACGAACACACCGAGAUCGUCAAGAAGCUGAAGCUUACUGGUGUGCCUUACAAGAUCUUCAAGAACACUGCCUUCAUCAAGGACAUGUUCAACUCCUCCCUGGAGAUUGCCAAGUUCGAGGGUGCGUCCAUCCGGACCGUCUCGGGUAUUCGUGGUCAAAUCAAGAAGGCUUUGAGCAAGCCUGAAGGUCACUUCCGUGCUACGUUCGAGGACAAGAUCCUGAUGAGUGAUAUUGUCUUCCUGCGCGCGUGGUACCCAAUCAAGCCUCACCGUUUCUACAACCCCGUGACCAACCUUCUCGACCAAGAUGAGGGUAGCACUGAGAAUGGCUGGCAAGGAAUGCGCUUGACCGGUGAAGUUCGCCGCGAGCAAGGUAUUCCCACUCCGAUGAACAAGGACUCGGCCUAUCACAAGAUCGAGCGCCAAGAGCGCCAUUUCAACCCUUUGCGAGUGCCGAAGCAGCUGGCUGCCGACCUGCCCUUCAAUUCUCAGAUCACUAAGAUGAAAAAGCGCAACGACCAAACCUACAUGCAGAAGCGCGCUGUCGUCCUCGGCGGCGAAGAGAAAAAGGCCCGUGAUCUGAUGCAGAAGCUGACCACGAUGCGCAACGAGAAGUCCGCCAAGCGUGCAGCGAAGCAGGAAGAGCGGCGUAAGGUUUACCGUGCUAAGGUCGCGGACAGCCUAGAGAAGAAGGAAGCCCGUGAAAAGAGAGAGCGCGACGACUACUGGCGCCGUGAGGGCAAGAAGCGCAAGAACACCGAUGGAGAGUCCGGUGGUGGUCGAGGUGGAAAGAAGCGCAAGUAA